CUCCUGGGCUAUAAACAUCAUUGAAAAUCUGUGGAUAGAUCUCAGAAGAGCAGUGCAUGCAAGACAGCCCAGGAAACUUGUAGAACUGGAAGCCUUUUGCAAAGACGAGUGUGUGAAAAUCCCCCAGGGUUGGUGUUGGGAUUCAGAAACUGCCCACUGACUCUGAAGAUAAUCCUGAAGGUUCCUGCGGGGUGCCAAUACUUUGUGCAGAGGAUGCAGAUGGACUGCCCGGUGUGUCCAGCAGGGGUCGCAGCAGUGUGCAAAACUCGAACACGCACGCGGAAAUGACGCACGUCUUUGUUUACAGAUUUGAAAACGGACGCGUGCUGAUGGAAGUCUACUGACGUCAUGACGCAGAGGCGGAGCUUCGGACUGGUAAACAAGUCGAGCCGCUUCAGCAGAAAAACCAGCGGCGGGUCUUUAUUUCCGCCCGCAGAGUUUUAUUCUGACUUCAGCUCGGACUGCGCUCAGAUUUACAGACUCGAGAAAGAGAAUUUCUGAAAAUGAUCAGUAAAGUCCUGAUGCAGAUCCUGUUGGGUGGCGGAGGAGAGGAAGCGGAUGGUGUUGUGGAGGAGAACGAGAGCUGUGUGGAGCUGCUGGAGUCUGAAGAUGGGGACUGGAUCGUCAUAAAUAUCCCAGAGAACUCAUCUCAAGGUCUUCUUGUAGAAGAUCCUCUGGAGAAUCUGCUGAUCGAGCAUCCCAGCAUGUCUGUGUACCAGACGCGCCAUCAGAGGAUGAACGAGGAAGACGUUUGUGAUGAAGAAGAUUCUUCCAGGUGUGUACAGGUAAGGCGUGAUGUGUCGAGUCUCCUGGCGUUGUGGUGUGGUUCUGUGCUGUUCUCAGAUCAGAGAGCUCGAGUGCACUCUGAACGCAGGAAGUUGAGCCGCAGCACCCUCAGCAGGCAGAACCUGGUCAGGACUCGGUUCUCCAACACCGAGCGUCGCUACGGCCACUUCAAACAGCCCACUCAGCGCCUCUACAACUACUAAACAGUGUGUGAUGAGACGGCAAGGUGUGUGUGUGUGUGUGUGUGUGUGUGUGGUUUUGGCUCCGAGUGAACAGUUCAGUGAAUAAUAAAAGGUCCUCGGUUCUCUCUUCACUCCGGUGGAUUUCCUGUGACGUGUUCAAGGCUUUACUCCUGUACUUAUAGCUAAUGAAGAUACAGUGGUGCUUGAAAGUUUGUGAACCCUUUAGAAUUUUCUAUAUU